AUGGCUCAUUUUUCUUCCUCGUCUUGUCCUCUUCAGUUUGACUCGAGCCACACCUCUCGCGCUCGGGAGGCGCUGCCCAAGCUCAACAUGGCUGCCAACGGCAACAUGACUGCCAAUGGCAACAUGACUGCCAAGCUCAACAUGACUGCCAAGCUCGACAGGGAUGCCAAUGGCAACAUGACUGUCAAGCUCAACAUGGCUGCCAAGCUCAACAUGACUGCCAAGCUCGACAGGGAUGCCAAUGGCAACAUGACUGUCAAGCUCAAUAUGGCUGCCAAGCUCGACAGGGAUGCCAAUGGCGAUGAUGCUGACGCGGGUGCCAACAUAUCUGGUAGUGGCGAGCUUCUGAGGCUGGGUGUUUCAGGAGAAAAGCCUGUUGAUGCUGGAUGCAUGCACGCCGACGCCGAAGACGCCGAUCCACGCCUUGUCCAUGGGCUCAAUGAUCGCUUGCUGCCCUCCCACAUGAGUCUCGCCCCGCCGAAAGGUGCGCAUGUCAUUGGCGCCGGCAGCGCUGAUGCCACUGGCACGGGAAUUACGAGACCGUUGCUGGGGAGGACUGUUGGUCGCAGGCACAUGAGCGCCAGCGUCAAAAACAUUUAUCCACAUGGGCGUACCGCCUUAAUUGCUUGCUUGGAACUUCAUUGUGCCAUGAGCUCAUGUGUAGGCGCUGAUGAUACUGAUGAUAUUGGAGCCUACGCCUUGGAGCCGGCGACCAACGAGUCCAACGCCAGUUAUAAUAGUGCGAACGCAUCAGAUGCUGCUGCGGUCGCUCCCACUGACCUUGACCACGGUUAUCAUCUACUUGCUAUCCCCCGCGAGGGUGGGGUGUUGCCCGACCUGUUGCCGGCGACCAACGAGUCCAACGCCAGUUAUAAUAGUGCGAACGCAUCAGAUGCUGUUGCGGUCGCUCCCACUGACCUUGACCACGGUUAUCAUCUACUGGCUAUCCCCCGCGAGGGUGGGGUGUUGCCCGACCUGUUGCCGGCGACCAACGAGUCCAACGCCAGUUAUAAUAGUGCGAACGCAUCAGAUGCUGUUGCGGUCGCUCCCACUGACCUUGACCACGGUUAUCAUCUACUGGCUAUCCCCCGCGAGGGUGGGGUGUUGCCCGACCUGUUGCCGGCGACCAACGAGUCCAACGCCAGUUAUAAUAGUGCGAACGCAUCAGAUGCUGUUGCGGUCGCUCCCACUGACCUUGACCACGGUUAUCAUCUACUGGCUAUCCCCCGCGAGGGUGGGGUGUUGCCCGACCUGUUGCCGGCGACCAACGAGUCCAACGCCAGUUAUAAUAGUGCGAACGCAUUAGAUGCUGUUGCAGUCGCUCCCACUGACCUUGACCACGGUUAUCAUCUACUGGCUAUCCCCCGCGAGGGUGGGGUGUUGCCCGACCUGUUGCCGGCGACCAACGAGUCCAACGCCAGUUAUAAUAGUGCGAACGCAUCAGAUGCUGUUGCGGUCGCUCCCACUGACCUUGACCACGGUUAUCAUCUACUGGCUAUCCCCCGCGAGGGUGGGGUGUUGCCCGACCUGUUGCCGGCGACCAACGAGUCCAACGCCAGUUAUAAUAGUGCGAACGCAUCAGAUGCUGUUGCGGUCGCUCCCACUGACCUUGACCACGGUUAUCAUCUACUGGCUAUCCCCCGCGAGGGUGGGGGUGGGGUGUUGCCCGACCUGUUGCCGGCGACCAACGAGUCCAACGCCAGUUAUAAUAGUGCGAACGCAUCAGAUGCUGUUGCGGUCGCUCCCACUGACCUUGACCACGGUUAUCAUCUACUGGCUAUCCCCCGCGAGGGUGGGGUGUUGCCCGACCUGUUGCCGGCGACCAACGAGUCCAACGCCAGUUAUAAUAGUGCGAACGCAUUAGAUGCUGUUGCAGUCGCUCCCACUGACCUUGACCACGGUUAUCAUCUACUGGCUAUCCCCCGCGAGGGUGGGGUGUUGCCCGACCUGUUGCCGGCGACCAACGAGUCCAACGCCAGUUAUAAUAGUGCGAACGCAUCAGAUGCUGUUGCGGUCGCUCCCACUGACCUUGACCACGGUUAUCAUCUACUGGCUAUCCCCCGCGAGGGUGGGGUGUUGCCCGACCUGUUGCCGGCGACCAACGAGUCCAACGCCAGUUAUAAUAGUGCGAACGCAUCAGAUGCUGCUGCGGUCGCUCCCACUGACCUUGACCACGAGUAUCAUCUACUGGCUAUCCCCCGCGAGGGUGGGGUGUUGCCCGACCUGUCGCCGGCGACCAACGAGUCCAACGCCAGUUAUAAUAGUGCGAACGCAUCAGAUGCUGUUGCGGUCGCUCCCACUGACCUUGACCACGAGUAUCAUCUACUGGCUAUCCCCCGCGAGGGUGGGGUGUUGCCCGACCUGUCGCCGGCGACCAACGAGUCCAACGCCAGUUAUAAUAGUGCGAACGCAUCAGAUGCUGUUGCGGUCGCUCCCACUGACCUUGACCACGGGUAUCAUCUACUGGCUAUCCCCCACGAGGGUGGGGUGUUGCCCGACCUGUCGCCUGCUGCAUUGAACAUCAUUCCUUAUGCCGAUGGUGAUGUUCUUGCUCUCCUGAGCGAUUACAACAGUGCCCAAUCCAGCGGCUUUGAGUUCCAGCCUUUUGCUUCAAUAUCUGCCCCCCAAAUUCCACAGCAAGUCGUUCCUACUGAUGACAUCAUGAGAGACGUGAAUCAGGCCGAUCUCAACGAUGCCGACGUUACUGUAUUCAAGCUCUUUUCUGUGUUGAUGUGCACCAAAUCCAAUCAAUCGAACUUGUGUCUUUCUUUGAAAGAGCUGAAGAAGCCUUCUCCAGAAGCUCUUGCCGCCCUGGCCGAUCGUUACAAAUUUCGUCAUGUUGAACUUGUCGAGAUUCUUGAUGAGCUUUUCUCGAUUGAAGAACCUUACCUCAAAAACGCCGACGAACUCAAGGAAUGGUUGACCAAGGAAAUCCAUGAACAACUGGGGCAUCCCCGUUCUGCCGCCUCCUUUGCCAAUGCUAGUGCCGGUGCCGCCUCCUCUGCGCACCGGGAUGCCGACGACGCCGCGGGCCCUCCUGCCAAACGACCCAAAGCGAGCAGCCACACUGGGGGUUCAUCGGACUCCUCCUCUCCAAUCCUGGAGCGGCUCCUUGACGGUUUGAGUUCAUUGUGGGCUCGAUUCCCAACCCUCUUCCAACAAGCAGCGGCUCCGGGCAGCGGUUCUCACAACCAACAUGGCUUUGCGGGUAUUUUGAAGUAUUGUUCGUUGGACAAUCUAUUUUCGCGACUAUCUGGCAGCCGUAGAAACCCAGAACUGCGCAAGCUCAUCAAAAAGCGCGUGAUAGCUUUCCAAAAACAAUUACCCGACCCGAAUCUUCAAGGUCUGCUGACCUGCUUGCAAGAGCCGCUAGAAGACGAAUCUCGCGCCACGAACAAGUAA